CCCGCGGUUGUUGAUGCACCCCCGGCAAGUGACGAGUUUCCUCGAAAGUCGCGCCCCCUAUCCCGAGCCGAGUCUCUGGCUGGUGCCCGACCCCCCGCCCCCGCCGCCCCCACCGCAACGCGCCCCCAGGACCGUCUCGCCCACGACCAUGCUGCACUCCCCAAUCGUGCCGCAGCUAUGGGGGCCAUUUCCACACGCUCGACCAAUGAGCAGGGCGGAGAGGUCCUACGACUCAAACAUGAAUCUGGUCCAGAUACCUCCGUCCAUGCCGUACGACUCCAAUUGGGGCAUCAUGACACCUUCCAAAUUUCCAGAUCUCAUGGAGGAGUUGACAGAUAAAUUUGAGGAGAUCAACUUAGAACCUAAAACGUACAAAAAACCACCCGAGAAUUACAUGUGUCAUCUAUGUUUUCAAAAAGGCCACUACAUAACAGAUUGCACUUUGGCCCGGCCGAAGGGUGACGGCAUGACGCCGUACCAGGGGAAGAACCGGUGCUUCGGCGAGUACCGGUGCUCCAAGUGCAAGCGGAAAUGGAUGUCGGGCAACAGCUGGGCGAACAUGGGGCAGGAGUGCAUCAAGUGCCGGAUCAACGUCUACCCGCACAAGCAGCGCCCCCUCGAGCAGCCGGACGGCCUCGACGUCUCCGACCAGUCAAAGGUCCAUCCGCAGAACCUUUGCGAGAAGUGCAAGAACCUCGGCUACUACUGUCGUCGAGUCCGCCCGCCCCAGAUCGCCGACCUCUACCGACUCUCCACCUUUGGCUAGGUUUCUUCAUGCGUUGUUUCUCCUUCGUUGCUCACCAACCGUCGAGGAUGUUUAUUUUUAAAGCGGUAUAAACGUGAAUCCAUAACUUAUCAACGAAGCCAACCCAUGAAUCUCCUUUUUUACGUUGGUCAGGAUUUUAUCCAACUUGAUUUUUUAGUAACAGUGUGUGAAAAAUGGGAUAACGAGAGGAAGUCGAAUUAAUUUCACUGAUUUCAUGGAAGAUAUUUACUGUGCUCAAUGGAAACAAAAUCAUUUUUAAAACUCUAAAAUUUUGGCGCUGAUUCAAGUACCCUCAAAAACCGCGUUAAACAGAAAGGAACCAAGCCACAUCAACUGCUGCCAAUUUCAAUCAGGCAAUUUAUGUUUAACGUGAAAGCGGUUGUGCGGAUUUUUGUGCAAAUUUCAGUGAAUUGAAUGCAUAGUACGAGGCAAACUCCUUAAAAUUUUCAAAUGAAUUCGCACAAACGUUCUCUCGUAAAAAAUUAAAGUGCCAAGUUAAAUUUGGCAAUAGCCGGUGUAACUUGGUUCCUUUCUGCUAAACGCGGUCGAAGUGAUCACUCGAUACUGAACUUGUACGAUUUUACCUCGAAACGUACUUCCCCUUCGGAACUGCGAAAAACUGGGCAGGUUUUCAAAAUAUUAGGGUUUCUUUUUCAAAUUUCCUCAAUUGAUUCGAUGUUUGCAUCAACUUGCUUUACAAACCAAUUCCUCUCCUCUAAAAUUCGCAUUCUACUUCCCUCACUUUUUAGCAAUUAUACUUUAGUAUAUUUACCUGAAGUUUAAUGUUUUGAAUAACUUGACUCCUCCAUUAGGUAAGGCGUGGAAUAUUCGAAUACCACUGCGCACAAUAAUCAGCCACAAAAUUGUUAACUUGAGAUCUCUAAAAAAAAAUAAUAAUGAGAGAGGGUGAAUGGAUCAGUAAAAUGCUACUCAGCUGUUAAGUGCAUUGUGCAACAUCUAUAAAUUGACAUGUUAAAAAUUUUAGGACCUCAUUUUAAAAAUGAAAAAAGCAGUAUAGCUCAAGUAUCAAGACUGAAACUGUGUGCAAAAUUUGACAUCGGACCUUUCUCUUGGAGUCAACUCAAAAUAAUUGAUCAUCAAUUUUUCAAAUCAAUACCUGCCGGACAAUUUUUUUUUUUUUAAUUUUAGCGUACAGAGAUUUUUUCUCUGUCUUUUUUGUCCUAGAAUUUUGAUAAAUCAAUUAAUUCAUCAAAUCUCAAAUUGCACUUACUUGCAAACAAAUCUCACAGUCUAGAUUUUAAGGACCAUAAACUUAUAGCAAACGGCAUUUGGAAUAAACAUUAACAUGCAGUCAGUGACCUACCAAUGUAUUUAUUGUAUUCUAAAUGGGACUCUAGGCAAGUUAUCUAUCGUAAAGCAGUAUAUACGCAACAUAUUUUCUCUUCAAAAUUUCACGAUAAAACAAGUCACACAUUGGGAAGUCUCAAAAUCAACCCCUAAACAAGACAUGAAGUGUUCUUAAUUGUAAAAUGCCAAACUCAUAUAAAUGACGUCAUUUUAUUAUCUUACUUCCACUUAAUCUGCGUUAAAUACUUGUAAAUAUCUUGUUUAGGACUUGAUUUUUGAGCUUCUUGUCAUGUGAAUCAUUCUCUACGUGAGAUUUGGAAAGAAAACGUGGCAUUUUUAUCUAGUUCGGACCUUGUUUAUAAGCCCCUUUAGCUACUACCUUUAGCUUUUGAAAAUAUCACGCUACGAAAUAGGACAAUCUAAUGAAGGAGUAACAUAAUUAUAACAAAAGCCAAUUACGAAUUUUAUCUGAAGGUGUUAAUAUUUUAAUUUUUCUGUCUGUUGUGAUUGAUGUAUAAAUUUCUUUUCUCCGCUAUUUUUCUUCCGAGGCAUGCGCACUUCCCGUGUUCUUGCUCUCUAAUAAAGACAAAGGAACAACAUUCCCUUCACUUAAAGUUCUCACGUGUACCUAUGUGUUUUUCAAGAAUAAAAUUAUCUGUUGUUACUACUUCAA